UAUUAGUGAAGCAAUGGAUCUAGUGUGUGAGCUAAGUAAAAAAAUAAUUAAGCCAGAGGAUCCUGAGUUCAAUGGUGUUGCACCGGAGAUAAUGAGGGAUAGAAGAUAUUAUCCAUAUUUUAAGGAUUGCAUUGGGGCUAUUGAUGGAGUGCAUAUUCCUGCUUCAAUUUGCGAUGACGAAAAAACUCCAUACAUUAAUAGGAAAGGAUUUCCAUCACAAAAUGUUAUGGCGGUAUGCAAUUUUGAUAUGCAAUUUAUCUUUGUAUGUGCGGGUUGGGAAGGGUCAGCUCAUGAUACAAGAGUAUUACAAUCGAUUCUUCGAAAUCCUAAUAUGAACUUUCCUCAUCCUCCACCAUGCAAUAUAUUUAAUUUUAGUCAAAAUUUUCAUUUUAAUUCAUGUUUCAAAUGA